UCCUCAUUCCCACAACCUGCUCCUUUACUAGACCAGCUGUAAGUCUCCAGAUCUUUUGUGUCUUGAAUUACCGACCGGAAUUGACUGUCACUGUCAGGAUGGCACUUUCAGAGUGGACCAGAAUUUUCCUGGUAGAAGCCAACGGUGUCCUGCAUGGAGACACUUGGAAUCUGGAAUUUGAUCCCUCUAUUCGAGCCAACUCUCCAGAGCCAGGAUGGAAGGAAUACAUCAGGACCACAAGUGCAAGGUUUCAGUGCACCCAGUGUCGAAGAACCUGGCCUUCCAACCGAGUGAUGGUGAUCUUCCACAUGAGUCUGUUGGACGGGAACGGCCGUGUCAAAGUGAGGAGUUUCAGGCAGAACUGUAAGAAAUGCACUGACGCCCCAAUGGUGGAUCCCAGAAUCAGUGCAGAGAACAUCACCAUCCUCAUGAAGAAUCUGGUGAAGAAGAUAAGAAUAAAGUGCUACAAUGAAAAGCUGGAUCAAGGCCACUAUAAUCACGAGAGGCUUGUGGUCAAAAGUCCUCAUGAGCCUGAUCAUUGUGAAGGAUGUAGAGAAGGCAUCUGCAACAGAGAGAGAGAUGAGGUUUAUGAAUCUUCAGCUGAAUAUUCUGUUCUUUGUAACAAAUUAAAACAAAUGUUCACCGUUUAGAUGUUCACCCAGAUUUAUUAAAAUGAUGUGUCACAAGAUUUCAACUUGAUGCUUCUUGACCAAAGCUUUCUCUGUCCAUGUACACUGUACUAUAAUCUUGUUUGUGCUUGUAAUGUAUAUAAUAAUUAUACUAUUGUAAUCAUUUAAAUAUGUUGAUGAUGUAUUUUCUGUCAGUUGAUGCAAUGUAUUUGCAAAAGAAAAUAUAUUUGUUGUCAAAAGAAAUAUAGUGUGUAAGGAUUAAAAAAAAACUAAAACCUGUAACCUCCUUAUAGCAUCUGCAUCGUUGCCCUGGUGUUUAUAAGACUGAUGUUUGUCCAGUAAAAGCCUUGUAAUAUGGAUUUCAAAAUAAAGCUGGCUUAAUUAAAUCAAA